AGUGAGGGAAAUGUUUGUGGCGGGUGUAAUUGUUGUCAGAACCGCUAGAGGGUAAAAAUGACACAAUCUUCCGGAACUCAAACUUCUGCAGCUGUUUACUCUGGAACAAAAAUAUUUGACUGUCAUAAUCUGGUUCGUAGAGGUUUCGCUCUCGUGUGUAUCAUCAUGUCCUCGGUUGAGGUGUCUGAAGGCUCGGUUCUGCUGGAGAUCUGCGGAGAUCAGCCGCUGUUCUACCGACAGGCGCUUCCGUCGAGCGGGGCCAGACUCUGCGUGCUGCUGCUGCACGGGAUCAGGUUCUCGUCGGAAAACUGGCUGAAGAUCGGGACUCUGGAGAGCUUAGCUGCUGCAGGUUACCGAGCUGUGGCCAUCGACCUGCCAGGUUUGGGUCAGUCUAAGGAGGCUCUGGCCCCGGCUCCAGUGGGUCAGCUGGCUCCAGGUGUGUUCCUCAGACAGGUGUGUGAGGCUCUGCAGACCGGCCCUGUGGUAGUCAUCAGCCCGUCUCUCAGUGGCAUGUACUCGCUGCCCUUCCUCUUUCAGCACUCCGAGCUGGUCAAGGCCUACAUCCCUGUAGCUCCCAUCUGCACAGAGAAGUUCACAGCAGAGCAGUACAGCAGCGUGCAGACUCCAGCUCUUAUAGUUUAUGGAGACCAGGACACUCAGCUCGGGGAAGCGUCGCUAAGCAAUCUGAAGAAUCUGCCCAAUCACAAAGUGGUGGUAAUGAAAGGGGCGGGGCAUCCUUGUUAUCUUGAUGAUCCAGAGACCUGGCAUAAAGCAGUCCUGGACUUCUUACAGUUGUUGUGAUCAUGUUAAAAACCCUAAUCGUUUAAAACAUAUGAAGUAUGUUUAAUUUCAUACUUAUCUGAUUGUCAAAAAAAAAAACACUAGCUUUUGUCUAAGCAAGUCUGCAUUAAUUGGCUUUUUGUGUCAUUAUUUGCAAUGCUUUUCAUUUUCAAGACCUAAAGUUGACACAAGUUUGCUGUUUUCUGAGUUAAAGAGGAUAGUCAAUGAGAAAAUAACAGGAUGGGACUUGAUGUUAUCCAUUGGGAACCGAUUAGACUGAAAAAUUGGUGUUUCUUACCAAUAGAGCCUUUUUUCAAAAUUGUGUGCAAGGAAUCAUUUUUCAGUCAUUAACAAAAAUCAUGCAUAAAAGUAAAUAAGAGUAACUAUUGAAUCUUCUUUUUUAAUUCAGAAAUGGAUGCAGUAUUCUCAUGGAUUUUGUGAUAUGUUGCCUUUUAAUAUGCCUUUGACAAUAUAGUGUAUUUUUUCCGACUUUUUUACUAUUUAACUUUAUCAUAUUAAUUUUGUUUUUUUAAAAGAUAUUAAUAGAAACUGCAACUUAAAAGUGAAUCAUUAAAUAUACUUUAAGAAUGUUUUAAUUAUAUAUAAGAGUAUUAUGAUGCUACACAUGUUAAAAUAGGGACCACUGACUUCAAAUCACAUUCACGUGUUUAUGCAUCUCUAAUAAGUCUCUAUAAGUUGUUGAUUGCAUCAGAAAAAUAACCACUACACAAUGCACUGAAGUGAAAAAUAUGAACAUUAUUUAAUAACUGAUUCUCUGUAAUAAACAAUUUGAAAAUA